GCUUUCAUUUUUUGGCACAGCUUUUUCUAUAGGAAGAAGCGCCCGGCAAGAAUAAGCAAGACCAGGACUCUCUUCCUCGACCACCAACCACCUCCGCCGCGUACUGGCCAAAGCCACUUCCUCCGCUCCAUCCCUCCGCUCCGCUCCUCCGCUCAAAGCCGGCCACUGACUGCGCCGACUGCCUUCGGAGACGACCAAGGACAAGGACUAGGUUGUUUGUAGAUAGAGAUCGAUAAGUGACAAUGUCGUACGUUGCGCUGACGAAUGUCGAGGUGCUGGACAACCCGACGAUGUUCACCAACCCGUUCCAGUUUGAGAUCUGCUUUGAGUGCACAGCGCAGCUGCAGGACGACCUAGAGUGGAAGCUGGUGUACGUCGGGUCUGCGGAGAACGACUCGUACGACCAGCUGCUGGACUCGAUUCUGGUCGGCCCCAUUCCUGUGGGCGUCAACCGGUUUGUGUUCCAGGCUGACGCCCCCGACCCGUCGUCCAUCCCGGCGGCCGACCUGCUCGGCGUCACCGUCUGCCUCCUUACCUGCUCGUACAAGGACCAGGAGUUUGUCCGCGUUGGCUACUAUGUCUCCAACUCGCUUGCCGACGGAACCGAUCCCGAGACCAUCGCCGCCGGCACCCAGAUCGACCCCAACAACAUUGUCCGCUCCAUCAUCGCCGACAAGCCCAGAGUCACCACCUUCAUGAUCGACUGGGAGAGUUGAGCAAUGAAUGUGUUAACUGCCUCCUC